AUGGCGGCGACCGAAAGAACCUCGGCCGAGGAGCCUCCGCCCGCCGACUCCGGUCCGGCGCCGAAACGUCGGAAGCUGCGCAAGGGCACCCAGAGCUGCUGGGAGUGCAAGCGACGCAAAGCCCGCUGUACCUUUUCACCCGCCACGCAGGAUGUCUGCGAUGGCUGCAAGCGCCGCGGCAGUGACUGCGUCAGCCAGGCGGCCACGGAUCUGCCGCCCCCGCCCGGCGGUAACAAGCACAUUGUGGAUAGACUCGGCCAGGUCGAGGCACUGGUGAGACAGCUGCUCAAGUCGGGAAACCAGAAUGACCAUCCGCUCGAAGAUCGGCUCGUCACCCAAGCUGAGCCUCACGACCGGGUCAGGACUCAUGGAACCACGCCGAGGCGGUCGGCUUCACCCGUCGGCCCCUUCACCGCAACCUGCCAAUCCCAUCUUUCGGAGUCGCUCAAUGGCGAGACUCAGUUUGAUGAUACUGUAAUCGAUACACCUCCCCAAGAGAGUGCCUCGCCAGAACGUCCACUGGUCGUCCCUACCAACCCUGGUGUAUCCAAUACAGAGGGACAUGAUGCCAUCUCCAGAAAGCUUCUCGCUGCAUGGCCAAGCCAGGAAGACAUGGCCAUCAUCUUAGCAAUCCCCGUGGAGACUUCGCAAAUCAUCCGAGCGGUCAUUUGCACCAGGUCAAGUUCAAACCCGUCGUUAUUCCCGUCAUCCACAGCUUUGCUGCAGCUACCGCCGACCGGGUCACAUCCGGCUCUCAUCGCGAGAAGCCUUUUGGUACUGGCUUCCUUCCUCCAGGGUAUGCCAUUCCCUUCAGCCCAUCACCUGGAGAAACUCAGCUCCAGCUGGUAUGACAUCAUGUCGCGGGCAGUAAAGACGGUCCACGACUUGGUCACUUGCAAGGACGAGCUUGUAGAUUCACUAGAAGGUCUCGAAUGCGUCAUGCUGGAAGGUCUCUACGAGAACUACGCCGGCAACCUUCGGACUUCGUGGCUUGCCGGACGCCGGGGAGUCGCGAUUGCGCAGAUGCUCGGCCUCAGUCGGGGUGUCAAGCCGCGGUCCCUCGUCGGCUCAGUGAUUGAACCGAAUGAUCUUUGGUUCCGACUCGUGCAAUUCGACCGUUACCUCUCACUCAUGUUGGGCUUGCCGCAGAGCUCACUCAACGAUGUCUACGCCCGCCCAGAUGCCUUGGAAGGUUGUCCGGCACUGGAUCGGUUUCUCCGCCUUUGCACCGUCGCUUGCGGGCGCUUGUUACAACGGGAUCCCUCGGACAUAUACGACUACGAAAAGGCCAAGGACAUAGACAAAUUACUACAAGAAGCCUCGACCGUGAUGCCAGCACAGUGGUGGGUCACUCCGACCUUGGCCUCAGAAACGGGCCAUCUGGAAAAGAUUCGCGAAACGUUGCGGUUCAACGACCACUUUAUGUACUAUCAUCUCCUCCUGCAGCUGCAUUUCCCGAAUGUUCUUCGCCCGCUAUCCGAGUGUGACUACGUCUACCACCGAACGACAGCAGUGACGGCGAGUCGCGAAAUCCUUUCUAGGUUCCUGUCCUUCCGCGCAACGCGACCCGCGCGAUACUAUUGCCGCGGAGCCGACUUGAUAGCAUUCCUGUCGUCCACUGCCUUGUGUCUGGCACACAUCUGUGACGCUCCUCGAGGGGCUACUGACGAGAAGGGCUUUCACUUUUUCGCACAUCAGCGGCUGAGUGACCGUGGAAUGCUGGAGCAGGCUCUGGCCGUGAUGCAGGAGCUCGUGGACCAGCAUGACGAUGAGAUCGCGACAAGAGUGGCCACCCUUCUCAAACAUCUGCUGGCUAUUGAGAAUGAUGUGGCAUCGGGAGAGAGGUAUACAGUCGCAUUUUCGCCAGAGACUCACCUGGAUGACGACCUAGGCUACCGUGUUAAGCUGACGCAUAAUGACACUGUCCUGAACAUUUGUCUUCCUCAUUUUUGGGUCAUCAAAAUUGAGCGGCAACGUUUCGAUGGAACGCCAAGACUGAUAGGUGCGAACUUGCAACCUCUCACCGAUCGCUGUGCCCGAGAUAAACUCGCAACGUCAACUGAAGGUCAAGGCACCGUCGUUCCGCGGGCUGAAGUCAAGGAACCGGGGGAACUUGCGCAGUGUUCAACUGAAGAAAGUUGGGCUCUGGAGAAUUUGGAUUUUACCUUCUUGGACAGUUACAUAGAGGGGAGCUUGGGAAUGGGUACUGAAACCAUACAAUAG